AUGUUCAGCUCUCCUUCGAAGCGUGUCUCGUGCGGGGAUAUGGAGAUCAGGGUGCGAUACCUCGUUCCUCCGCGUGUUAUUAUGGAAGCUUUGACUGAUGCCCGUUCGGCGCAGUACUACACACAGUCGCUGUGCAGAAUCCAGCCUGUCGUGGGUGGCGAGUACAUUCUCUUUGACGGAGGCGUGCAGGGACAGUUCACCUCUAUCUCCGAGAACAAGAUUGAGAUGAAAUGGCGUCGUCGUGAGUGGGAGGACGGCGUGUACUCCCUCGUCACGCUCGAGUUCAUUCAGCUGGACAGCGCGCUGACCGAGGUUCACUUGGUCCAAAAGGACAUUCCCAAGUUCGAUAAAUACAACAAUGCUGGUGUAAUCGAGAACGUGGAGACGGGAUGGAUGGAGACCAUUUUCCGCAAGAUUUCCAUGUUCCUUGGAUACACCUUCCAGACAGAGGCUGAGUUCGAGUAAAUUGUGCUAGCGGGUUUUCU